AUGGAAAACACAAUUUUCAUCAUUUUAUUAUCAAUUUUCAUUGUUUUCGUUGAAGGAGGAGAGCACAUCUUGAGAUUACAAGGUAACCCAAAACUCCCACUGAUAAAAAGUUAAUUAAUUAAUUGAUUUUUGUUCAGAGGGAAUUCAUGAAGCUACCACAUUAAUCGGUGUUGAAGAAGGUUCUAGUGUUUUGAUUCGUUGUGAACAUCCAAAUGGAAAAACUGAAAGUUUGAGAUGGUUACACGGAGGAAAUGAAAUAUCUGAAAAAUAUUUGAAGCAAACCAAAGAUGCGGUUUUUAUUGAGAUUUUGAAGUAUAAUAUGUAUAAGGAUGAUGGAGUUUUCGAAUGUUCAGCUGUAAGUGGAAGCUUUUUUGAUCACCUGUCCGAUCUUCACAAGGAUCUUGGAUCUUCUCUUGGAAAAAAAAAUUAAAAUUCUCAGAAUGUGAUCCUAUUCGGAAAUUUUCUUGAAAAAACUGGACUUUGUUCGAUUCCUUCUAAUCAAACCAAUAAAUAACGCUUUCUUAACUAAUAAAAUUUUGAUUUUAGCCUGGAAUGUCAGCGUCUUAUCGUUUGAAAGGAGAAAAGAAGCACAUUCUUCCCGAAGGUUUCCGUCAAUGUCAAGGAGAAGAAUUUGCCAAUUGUGAACAUGCUGAUUUCUGUCAAGUUGAAGAAUCAACAAAACAUACAAGUUGUGUGUAAGUUCUAAAAAAAUACUACCUACUGAAUCCAAUUGAAUCAAUAAUAUUCUUCAGUUGCGAACAAGGUUGGAUGGGUGCAUCAUGCAAUAUUUUCGAUACCUCGGUCAGAUCACAUUCCGUUGUCUCACAACCCAUUUGCGCUUAUUGUACGUCCUUUUUAACCCAUUUAUUUUCUUAUUUUGAUGAGAAAAAACAAUUUAUGUUGAGCUUCUCUUCCAAACGUAGACCUCUUUAGGCUUUCUAUCUCCUUAUCAUCAAUUGAACGAGAUUUCCAAUACAGGCUAGUACGAAAACUAUCAAAAUCCUUCUAACUUACUAGAACUUGUCCAUGUCUAUGCCUAACAAUUGUGUGAAAACAACCUUAUCAAAAAUAAAUUUAAAAAUAUCAUAAUAAAAUAAAUAUUUUUCAGGGCCACCUGUUGUGACUUUCAUCGUCUUCCUCACAAUUAUUUUCCUAUUGGCGUAUUGUUUAUACAAAUUCAAGGUUCGAAACCCGCAUCAUUACUCAAAAGCAGGAUAUUCACAACCUGUUCUUAACAACAAUACAAUCAAUAAAUUACCAAUGUAAGUUACUUUCAGAUAAUCUUGAUUUCAAUACAAAAAAUAUUUGUUUUCAGGGUGUCUGGAGAUUAUAAACCAGUUCGAAAAGAUCAUGAGAUUGUCUGA